AGACACAAACUACAAAGACGAAGAAAUUUUCAACACAAACUCCUAGGGUUCGACUCGAAGAGAGAAAGAGAGACAGAGAGAGAAAUGGGUUCUGAAGGGAACAAGAUCAGCGAUGACAUGGAGUUCCAACCAUCGGAGCCGGCACUAUGCGCUAAGGGUUGUGGCUUUUUCGGCACGGCGGCGACGAUGAAUCUAUGUUCCAAGUGUUACAGGGAUUUACGAAACAACGAACAGCAAGCAGCUUCGGCUAUGGCGGCUAUGGGGAAACUGGUGAUUCAGAAUCAGAAUCAAUCGGCUGUUCCUGAUGGGAUUAAUUUACAGACCACCGUGGGGACGUCGACUUCUGUGGCUGAAUCAUUGCCGUUGGUUGAGAGUGGUGAACCUAUGAUGGCGAAUAGGUGUUUGAGUUGUAAUAAGAAGGUGGGGGUUUUUGGGUUCCUGUGUAGGUGCGGAAAGACUUUCUGUGGGACCCAUAGGUACCCCGAAAAGCACGAGUGCUCGAUCGAUUACAAGGGGCUUGGAAAGGAAGCCAUUGCCAAGGCUAAUCCGCUGGUCAAGGGUGAUAGGGUACAGAGGUUCUGAACUGAACCCGGUUUGGAUUUGAACUUGUUUUUUGGUCUUCUGAUUUCAUGGGUUUAGUUUGUUUAAGAGAGAAAGAAGAAGGGGGGGAGGGUCGAGUUAGGAAAGUGGUUUGGGCAUGAAAUUAUUUGGAGGUUUAUGGUAGAAACAGGCUGGAUUGGGUUGAGGGAGGAGGGUGGAUUGGAUUCUAGAAUAAAGUGAAACAUAUUAUUGUUGAAGUUGGUGGUUGCAGCCUUCGCUUUUUAAAGGUUUUGGCUUUUCUUGCUUUUUGUUUACUGCUAAUUAUUGGGCUUACCUGCUGCUACUUUGGUAUGAACAUGACUAUAAUUUGUAUGCUUGAGGAAGACAUAAAGCUUGAUUGCCCUCUUUUUUUUUUAAUCUUAAAGAGGACAGAAAAGAUAGAAUUUUGGUAGCAAGUAUGUGCUUCAAGUAAUAAGGGUUAUGCAUAUUCUAAGCAACCUUCCUAAUUAACACAAUUAUAU